CCCUCUUCCUGCUUGGGGUUGGGCGGGGGGACAUUGGAGCGAGUGGCGCCGCGGCAAGAUGGCGGUGUCUCUAUUAAGGUGACUGCGGGGCGGGGGGGGGGGAGAAGACGGGAGCGAAGCGCUGGGAGGGAAGAGAAGGAGUGGGAGGUGGGGGGUCAUUCCUGGCUGUCUGGGAAAUGGGGCGUGUUCUGUGAGGGGCCGUUUGUCGGGGGGGGGCACCUGUGCCCUUGGGUGCGACUGGGUGACAUUGGUUUUUACCCUGAAGGUGUGGUUUUUUUUAGCGCCGUUCCGUUAUCCUCUUGCAGAAGCUGAAAUGUAAACCUAAAGAGUUUUGUUAUCCUGGUGCAUGUACAAAGUGCGUUUUCACGUGCACCAGCAGGCUGUGCCUGCCUUUCUGCUUGCAUGCACACGCCCCACACCUGUCAGCACAUGGGUACAUAAUGUUUUUGCGGUACCACAUAUCUUUGUGCGCAUGUAAACGUGUGUGUGUCUGUAUGCGCUCACUCAGAAGCCCCACAGAUGUAAGAUGCACGCAUUUAAGCAUUAUGCGCAUAGCUAAGUAUAUAAGUAUAUGCAUAUAUGCUGUUGCUCGUAUUAUUAUUUAAUUUAUUACCCACCCUUCACCUUAAGGUCCCAGGGUGCAUUACAGCAUUAGAACACAAAAUUGCAACACCACGUUAAAACAGUUUGAUACUGCUUAGGUAGUUUCAAACAUAGUUAAUGACAAAGUUCAGUUGGUGUAGCAUGAGGCUCUUAAUCUCAGGGUCGUGGGUUCGAGCCCCACAUGAGGUGAAAGAUUCCUGCAUUGCAGGGGGUUGGACUAGAUGACCCUCAGGGUCCCUUCCAGCUCCACAGUUCUAUGAUUGCAUGUCAGUGUUAUGUGCCUAUGCACGUUUCUGCAAAUGCAUUUAUUUGUGACACACCCACCCAUAAACCCCCACAGCUGUGUUAUGCUUAUGCAUUCAGUACACGUCCAUAGGCAUUUCCACAAACUGAGACAUGUGUUUGCACACAAGCAGACAUGCUGGUGGGCCUUCUCCACACACAGAAGCCAUGGACACAGAAGGAGGCAAUGGGACUGCACCCCUGACCCUGCCUCUAAUGUCCUAUUCUGUGUCAGCCCUGCCCCAUGGACAUUUGUGUGCUGUUAUAGGUACCUGCACCAGGAAAGCCUAUGUGUGAACAACUUUUCACCCGUUGGUGUUCCCAUGAUCAGAACCCCUGAUCAUGCAUGGGUUCAGAUCACAUGCAAGCCUAUGCAUGACCUGUCAUUUGCCUGUUGAUUUUCCCAGUAUAGAUACCAGUGUCAGUGUGCCAGUGUUCAAGGCAUAGGGCUGGUGCCAUGCAUGAUGUCAGCAAUGCAGUCCCACCAGCCUCUUCUCCAUGUGGGCAAAGCUUCUACAUGUAAAGUACAUGUGACACCUUAAAGACAACCAGCAAACUAUUAGGGAGCACGCUUUGGUUUUCUGUUUCCUCCGAUGCAUGAAGCAUAAUAUUAGAUUAUGGCAGCUGUGUGAAUGUGCUUUGAUGGGCAGGGAUGAAGAGGAGUGAGGCCAAAUGGAAAGGAAAUCCGUGAAAAACAGACGCCGAUAAAAGCAGAAUAGUUACUAUUACUGUCACCAAGGCAAUGUUGGUGCGAACACAAAUAUCCUGGCACUGGUAACCUAAUUAAUACCAUGUAGUGCGAUUAAAAACCCAUUAUCUUGAUUCAGUCACAGGUUUUCGUUUGAUUGAAUUUCUUCAUCAGUUGUGAUUUAAUUUCACACUGGAGUUUUCCCUGAAAGCUCUUUGUUUCAGAAUGGCUACUUGUAAGUUCAGUAGGCAGGUGUCCAGUGAGGCUGAAAUAUUCUCCAACUAGUUUCUAAAUGCUGCCCUUUCUGAAGCCUGGUGUGUGUUCAUCUAUUCUUUUGUGUACAUGUGCUUGUUGCACUGCAAACAUGGGUCUCUGUUUGUGCAUAAGCUGAAAUGCAUGCAUGAGUUUGUGAGAGUGUUUGCCUUGCCAUACGUGUGUGCUUCAUUGCAGUCAGAUGUGCAUAAGCUGAAAUGCACGAAUAAUAUAUUUGUGGCACUUGUGAGCAUGUGUGCAGUUGUACAUUUCGUGUGUGUCCAUAAGUUUAAAUAUAUAUGCUGGCUUGUGGCAUUGUGAAUACAUCUUAGUGUAUGCAUGCUUUAUUGUAUGGAAGUGUGCAGUAGCUGAAAAGCAUAUGUAAUCAUUUUGUGGAACUAUGCACAGGCUGUGUAUAUGCAUCUCUGAACACCUGAGCUUAAAUGCAUGUGCAGGUUUAUGGUAUUGUAGUCAUAUAUGCCCAUGCUUUAUCGAUGUGGGUUUAGACGCGCACAUCUAAAUUUAACAUUUGUAGGUUUGUGAAAUUGCAAAUAUCUGUAAGAGCACCUGUCUGUGUGCAUAUGUGCAUACAAUAUGAAAGGUGUGCAUACAUGUGCAACAUUGAACACAUGUCCCUGUAUGUGUGAGUUGGUUCCCACAUGUAUGUGCAUCACUUAUCAAGUGGCAACUUAUCACACUUAUCAAGUGUGAAUGAGCUGUCACGGUUCUGCCACCAUGCUCAAGAGUUUUCUUUUCACCCAGUGCCAGUUCAGAAGCAAUGCUUUUCCAUGGAACCACUUCACAUUCUCAACCGCCCUGCAGAAAAUAAUAACGGGAAACGUCCUAGUUUCAGAAAAAUAACCAUCACACUUUGCCACUCGCUUCCUACGAAACGUGUUCAUCACCAGGCUUUCAGCUGGUCUCAAUUCUUAUUUCUUUGCCCCUCUUUCCUGCCUCAUUUUGACCUGCCUGUAUCUAAUUUCUAGGGGAAAUCGGCAAAAUUGGCACUGUUGACACAGGCUGCCAUAUGUCUGGAUUUCCGCCCAGACGCUGCUGACAAAUGCAGGAUUCUGGAUAUGUCUGGGAAAUUCUGGACAUAUGGCAACCCUAAUUUUACCCAAACUUCCCAGAAUUCUUGGAAGAAACCUGAUCCGGCAAAGUGGGGUAGCUGGAAACCGGAGAGAAAGUCCUUCACACAGUGCAUUGUUAAAUUAUAGAGUGUGCUCCCACGGGAGGUCAGAAUGGCCACCAACUUGGAUGGCUUUAGAAGAGGAAUAGACAAACUCAUGGAGGAGAGAAGGCUACCAGCUGCAGUGGCUAAGUAUAUUCUUUCUCCACUGACAGAGGCAGCCACAGAGGCAGUUGCAAGGAAUCUCAAGAGAAGAGAGUAAUAUUGCACCCAGGUCCUGCUUGUGGGCUUCUCACAAUAAUCCGGAAGACCACUGUAAGAACAGGAUUCUGGGCUAGGUGGGCCUUUGGCCUGAUCCAGUAGUCCUCUGCUUAGAAGCAAGUUUCCUUUUUUAUGUGUCAAUUAUCUUCAACACUAGUGUGUCCUUUAGACAAAGUCCACUCCAGUCCCCAUCUCUAAACUCCUUGAGCUAUGACCGGCUGCCUUGUGAAUCACUAGUUUUUUGCUGGUGUGUCACCUUUGAAUGUCAGCCUGACAACAUCUUGACGGGAUCUGUCUAGAAUAGCUCCUGUAGCUUGCAGGGGUGUGUGUGUGUGCCUGUAAUAAAAAAAAGAAAUUGAAACCCUUAAUUUACCUCUUGCUCAUGGUGUCAGUUUGCGACUGAAAUGUGAUGCUCACUGCACUGAAACAAUGACCUGCUAUUUUGCUAGCGCUUCAGGUGUGACAAAUGACAUCUGCAGAACGAAAUGAAAGUUUGUUUUCUUUCUUGCUUUCGCCCCACCAGAAGCCUGCAAACCUUUACCCUUUAGGGGUGCAGGCAUGAAAUAACUGCUUUUGUUAUUGGCAGGGCUGGUUUUUCUCGCCCAUCUUGGAUAUUUUGUGUUUAGUGAGCAAAUUAAAAUGAGCUGCAUUUCAAGGAUGGAGAUGUGAAGGACUGGACGUUUGAUUUUGUGUGUGUGGUGCACAGAUGCACACAAAUAUAUUCCCCCGCUCAUUAAUUUUUAAAAGAAGAUUUAACGUACUGAUCGACAAAUACAUAGCAAGCAUUCAUCUUUCAAAAUUAUGUACACACAUUCCUUCAGCUCGAUAUACAUAGAUUUAUAUUAAAUCUGUAAUAAGUCACUGUUAGAUCAAUAAAUAUUUAAAACCUUUUAUGAAAUCCAUAUGUAGCAUCUCUUCGGAUGGAUUUGUGAGAGUUUUGCAGCGGAAGUUGGGGAAUUGCAACCAACUCCAUUUCUGUCCCUUAAUGGUUUGAAUGAGUGGUUUCACAUUUUAUUUAAAAGCCUGGGCAGCCUGAACCUAGAGGUAAGCAGACCUGAAAUAUAAUCCAUUUCAGACUCAUCCAUCUAAUAGCUGUUAUUGUUUGCCACUGAAGAAGACUGCCUGGUCAAAAUGCUUUUGGCAAUAUUGGAUUGUGAUUUACUUAAACCAAUGGGAAGCUGGCGAUAUAUUUCUCUGGCUGUGUAGUACACACCAUAUAUUUAAAGUACAUUCUUCCCCUCCCAAUUUUUUUACCCCUUAAAGAACUAUAGUUCCCAGCACCCUUGGGAAACUACAAUUCACAGAACUCAGGGGGGCAGGCAGGCCUGUGCUUUAAAUAUAUACUGUGUACACAGCCUUAGUUGCAGUGCCAACAUUUUAUUUUGUUAUUGUGUCGGAAGGUUUUAGACACAUACACACCCCAGUAUAAUAACAAUAAUGGUUUCUGUGUGAUUAUCGAGCAAAACGUGUUGUGUUUUCAUGUUUCCUGCCUUGCACUGUGUCUUGGUGGGAAGAAUAAGGCUUCAGUUGUAAAUUCAAAGAGCACUUUUGUCUUUCAGAUUAGCCAGCCGGCGAUGCCUCUGUGUUCGUCUCGGACCGGGACUCUCCACGCGGCAGUGAGUUUAUGACAGUAAAAAAAAUGGGCUUUUGUUAAUUCUCCUCCUGCUGUUUGGAUCCUUGCAAGAUUCACUCCUCUGCCAGUUUGUUCUCCCAUAAUUCAUGGGCCAUUAAAACGGCUGGCUAGCUGUUAAUGCUGUGAUUGGCACUUUAUAGAAUCUGCAGGUGCUGCUCUCAGGAAAUAUAAAUCAAAGGGCGUUCGCUGGUUUAUUUGCCAACGACUUGGCUUCAGAUGGUCCUUUCCAUUCACCCUCUGUCUCUGUGCCCCUCCACCACACCCUUAUUUAUUGCAAACAAAAGUUGUCCCUAAACAAGCUUCCGAUCAGAGCCCUACAGGAGAGGAAGUUGGUGCAUCAAUUUUAUUUUAUUAUUUAAAUAAUUUCCCUCUUUUUAAAAAAUAACCCUGCUCUUCACCUCCACAAAACUCCUUACAGAAAACAAAUGAGGUUGAUCCCAUCCUCAGACUUACAGUGUCCUAUUUUAGAAGACCAAAAAAAGGAAAAGGGGUGGGGAGGAAGGAGGAAUAACAACAACAGCAAAAGUUAUGCACCUCCGGUUUGAGGCAUUGUUCGUUUAACAAACCAUGAGCCGCCCAUGAGUCACCCAUGAGAUGAUCGAACCAUGGCUUUUCCUCCCAUUUUAGGACCCACCCUGUUCUCUUGAUUGCAAUGCAGUAUCUUCCCAUGUUCCUAAGCACGGCACAGGCCCCAGCGCCAUUCUCCUCUCCUGUGUUUUCUUUUCCAGCGUGGUCCCCAUGGCAACAACGGCAAAGGAGGAGAUGGCCCAGUUUUGGGAGAAGAACACCCGGUCCAACCGUCCUCUGUCCCCUCAUGUCACCAUCUACCAGUAAGAGCUGGCUUUGUUUAAGAAGGGAGGCGCUCGCAUUUCCAAUUAAUUGAGAUGAAGAGCAAGAUUUAGGACUGGCACGGGGACGGAGUUGGUGGGUGUUUUUUUGCAGCACGUCGUCAACACAAUUUAUACUGGGCCGACCAGACAUCAUUCCACUUUGUUAGAUGUUCUGCAAGGCUUCCCCAAGGCUUAACGCAUUAUUGCCAUCUUCUGCUAUAGGUUCAGAGUUCCUGUGUUAAAUAUACAAAGCCCCAAGCAGCUUUGGCUCAGGAUACCUUAAGGACCACCUGAGCCUUCGUAUCCCAGCUGGAUCACUGAGGUCACCCAGAGGAACCCUUUGCCACAUUGGCAGGAAUCCUGAAAGGGCAGUCAACAAAAGAGCGGCUUACUUAAAGGGAAAGGGGUGGACAUUUGGAUUUGAUGCUGUUGCACACUACAGGGGAAGCGUUGCCCCUCAGUGGGUAGAGCAUCAGUUUUGCAUGCAAGUUCAACCCCCGGCUUCUCCAGGUAGGGCUGAGACUCCCUGCCUGAAACCUUGGCUCACUAUAAAGCAGCUUCCUAUAUUCCAUUGGCUCCCUGGAUGCGGAAUUCGCACCCUGUUCCCCUUGCAGCAUCCUAUUCCUUCUUUCUUCACAGUGGCGCUCAGAAGGUCCGCUGCUUUCCCUUUAAGCUGGUCUCUCUUUCUUCCACCGCCCCUCCAGAUUCCUGCCAUUGUAGCAAAGUCAUUCCUCAGCCACCUCCGUAGAUUCCUCCAUCCCUUCUCCUCAUCUGGCUGGAUUCCUGGCAUAAUUCUGGGUACAGGCACAGAAUGAGCUGGAACAGUUUUUCCAUCCUAAGUGAUUUACACUUGGAGAGUCACCGAUUCUCCCCCUCCUUCCCCAAAUCAGUUCUGUUUUGAGUUUAUUAAUAGCCCACAUACACAAACAAGAUCCCAAACUCAAUAUUUGACUCCAUAUAGUGAGGGGGAAAUAAAAUAAAAAGUACAAGCAAUUCCACUAACUGCAACUGUGCAUUGCAGCUGAGGAGAGGGCCUUCUCUGUGGUGGCCCCUAAACGGAGGAAUUCUGUCCCCACCACAGAGAUGCAUAUUGCACAACUUCAUUCUGCAGUUUCUGUCAUAUGCUGAAGAUACCUCUUUAGCCUGGUCUUUGACACCUGAAAGAUGUACAUAUAUGCUUUAGGACCUGCUACCAGCUGUAGUGGCCGUUAAUAGCCUCCUCGUCCAUUGAUUUGUCUAGCCCUCUUUUAAAGCCACCCUAGUUGGUGGCCAUCGCUGCUUCUUAUGGGAACAAACUGCAUCGUUUUUUGCACUGGGUGACUACAUUGUCAGCAUUGAGAGACCUCGUCCCUCUCUCAGCCUCUUUUAUUUUUUUCUUCCAGUGCAGUUAGAUUUUUUUCUUCCAGUGCAGUUAGAUCUGUGCAAAAUGUUAUUUUUUGGGGUUUUACUUUAUGCUGAUCUGUGUUUUUAGUGCUGUCUGAAUGUUGGGUUGUGAAGGUUUUAUGUCGUUUACAUAGGGAUUUAUUUAUUUUUGGUGUGUCUUACUGGUUUCUGAAAACAGCCCAGGGACUUUGGUUGAUAGGCAAUCUCGAAACGGAGUAGCUGAAUAAUCAAUUGAACAAAGGCUUUAAGACCAGAGUGGGAAGCCAUUUUGGCUCCUCGUUAUCUCCUUCCACCCUGUGUGCCAACUUUGACAGGUGGGUGGGGUCACCCACCUGUCAAUCACCUGAUGCUAUUGAUGAUGUCAGGUGACCAAAGGGUGGCUUCUCUCCCUUCCACCAGCCAAAGUUCUAGGGCAGAGAGAGGGGUUCCCUGCGAGGGAACAUGCUAGCGAAGCAGGACCCAGUAGGAUUUAACUCUCCGUUCAUCAGCUGAUGAGCGGAGGGCUCAAUCCUGCUCUCUGCAGGGGUCUGCUUCACCAGUGCGUUCCUCAUGGGGAAUACGCUGGUGAAUCUGCAGCCAGCAGGACUUAACCCACCUAUCAGUUUACAUCAGCCAGUGACACCAGCUGAUUAGCCGGGUGGGUGUGGUUUGGAGGAAAGGGACUGGUGGGCCAAAUAAGAACCCGCUGGCAGGCCAGAAUGGGCCCAUUGGCUGCAGGUUCCCCAUCCCUUUUUUAAGAGAGUUUGGUGGGACGGGGUGGGGGAAGAAAGAGCUGUUGUGAACUGAAUGUUGGUGGCAGUCCGGCUAGACUCUGGUGCCUUGCUUUGUGCCCCGUCUCACUGGCCUCUGUUUCUUCUUUUUUCAGCUGGUCCCUGCCCAUGAUGAUGUCCAUUUCUCACCGUGGCACAGGAGCUGCAAUGAGCCUAGGUACUUUGGGGGUCUUUCCUUUGUCACCUUCCUCUGGACCCCACUCAGUGCCCUCCUUACAGCUGCGGCUCCCUCAGUGCAGAACGGCCUGUAGCCUUUCUGCUGUGCUUGGGCUUCCCAGAGGCGCCUGGAGCAAUGGGAGAAUGCUGCUGAAUUUCAGGAAAUGUGUUUUUUGCCUUAACAUGGGACAUGCGUAUGUGUCAUGCAUUUAAAAAGUGCUACCCCCCGCCCUUUGCAGUCUCAAGUGGUACAGCCCGCUCUCAUGCCUGUCAGCCAAGAGGCACUUCACCAGAUUCAUCUCAAGCAGCCAGGGGAGAUUGGGGAGCAGAAGAAGAUUUUAUUUUUUUUAAUGCCCUGGAGAAGUCAGGGCAGGCAGCAAAAUGAGAAGCAUGACCACUGGGAAACAGCACGACAGCUUGGGCCACGUUGGUCCUGCGCUUUGCAGGAUGCUCCUUUGGCCGGGGUGGCGGGCGAAGUAUCCUGGGAGGGUUUUGCUGACCAGUGACGGGCAGGUGGGCAGGAAGGGAACAGAUCUAAGAGCAGCUUGGCGGUCUUCGCCCUUGCUAGCUUCGCCUGCCCUUCCCCACUGCCCCUGCCAUCCAUUCUGGCAGUGCCAUCUGGAAACAGCGAGGAGAAGCCUUGAGGCUCAAAAGGAAGGAGCCGCCGCUGCCGCCGCUCUUCCAGCCAACCCAGGCGCUCUCAUCAAGCUGUCCUUAUUGCGUAUCAGCUGUCCCCAGCGCAUGUCAAUCUGGCUCUGCGUCCCAGCUCUCGCCCGUGGGGUUUGCCUUUCUCGCCUCUCUUUGCUCAGCUAGCUGAGGUUGCCUGUGCAUUGGUAGCUGAUCUGUAAUUUGCCUGGAAAGGAAACUUUCCUCCAGAAGCUUUAAGGGGCUUUGUCAAAGCUCGAGCCACUGCUAAUCUGGCCUUGCUUGUAGCUGUUCUGUGUCUCACCCUGAUGGAUGCUCCUUACUCUAGUUGCUGAGCAGAACCAUGGUAUUAAGCCACUUGGAUUGAAUUCGCCAUUUUACUGUAUUGUGGUGUCUGAUGGUUGGAGUUCUCUGUCCAGGGCUGUCCAGGGCUGAUCAGUGCCUGCAAAACUCCCCUUUUGCUCAGCUGCCUCUUUACCUGCCGCGCACUAGAUGUCGUAUACUGUAUGGCUUGUCUUGGAGGUGUGUCCUGGGCGUAGGUUCUCCUGCAGCAUGUAACUUGCAUAGCACAGGUAGCAAAUGUGAGAGCUUUUUCAGGGGCCUGAGAGUGGUAUGUCUGCCUCCUAUAUCCUUAGCAUCCCUGGGUGCCCCCAGACAGCCAGAAUUUCACAGGAGGGGCUCAAGCUCAAACUGAAAUCGGAGGUUUUUGCAAAUAAAGCAGAUUAAAGUUCUCUGUUGCCAUUACACACCAUUGCACAACAAAUCCACUUUCCCCCCCUAAGAUAAGGUCUUUUUACAUAUGAACAUAAAAAGAAUGUGUUGGUUCAGGCCAUUGUCACAUCUAGUCCAGCAUCCUGUUCUCCCAGGGGCUAAACAGAUGCCUCAGUGGCAAGGCCUUGAGCUGGAUCCCUUCACAAGAGGACUCUCCCCUCCUGUGGCUUCCAGAAAUUGAUAUUCAGAAGCAUUCCUGUGGAGGAAGAGCAUAGCCUAUCAAUGGCCUUCUCCUACAUGAAUCAGUCUAAUCCUCUUCGUGGGUUGCUAUUACUGCCUCCCGUGAGAGUAGGUUUGCAGUUUGCAAAGCAAAAAGGUGGGCAACACGUUGAAAAGUGGGACAAAUGAAUGAUUUAAUGGGAAAACAGCUAAACACCCUGCAAAAAGUUCACGGUGGCUGUAGGGCGAAUGCGCAGUGCUGUAUAACUACCUUAUGAACGGUGCUACCCACCAUAAAGUUGUUACAGUAAGUGCCACACUUUUCACAUGGGGGGGGGUUUAAGGUGCCAGUACUGCAUAUCUUUGAGUACCCCCAGAAAAAAGCACUGCCUAUGAACAAAUCAGAAUGAAUGCUCAAACAAAAAUCAGGCCUAGUCCAGCCUCCCCAUCAGCUUUGUGCAGAAGAUUGCUCGAUAAACAGGUUGUCCAAAGGAGCCCAUUUCUCUUGUGUUUUUCUCCCCAGGGGUGUCGCUCUUUGGCUUAAGCGCUCUGAUCCUCCCGGGACACUUUGCUGACUACUUGGAUCUGAUCAGGUCCCUUAGCCUGGGGCCUGCCCUCAUCUACUCUGCAAAGUUUGCCCUGGCUUUCCCCUUGACCUUCCACACCUGGAACGGAAUCAGGCAUCUGGUGAGUAGCUCCUUUGGAAUAUGAGUGCAGCUGGGGAGCCUCUUGGCAUAAAAGAGACAGUGGUGGUGUAGCGGUUAGAGCACUAGACUGGGACCUACAGACCAGGGUUCAGAUCCCAACUCAGCCAUGGAACUCACCAGUUGACCUUGUCCUAAUCUUCCUUGCCCCGUUGCUGCUGUCGUUAAUAUUAAUCAUUGAUUUUAUUCAUUAUUUUAUUUAUUUAAUGUAUUUGUUUCUGCUUCUUUUUUUACCACCAUUACAAUAUGGAAGCAAACAAACAGAUUGAAGCCAGCAUAAAAUAAAGCAAAAAAAUUCUAAAGGGCAAUCCUAUUUUUAAAAAGGCAGGAAUAAAACAUUCCAACAAGUCAUGAAGCCCACAGAGAAUUAUAAGCCAAAGGCCUGGCUAAAUGUUUUUGCCUGAUGCCUAAAUAUAUAUAUGAAUUCUUCCCAUGAUGCAUCCUAGAGCCAUUUGCAAUAUAAUGACAUAAGUAAUCACUGAGUUAUUGGGAGGAGUUGCUGUUUAUGUGUUCAGGAUUGCAGGCCCAUUUUUAUGGAACUCCCUCCCAGUUGAGGUCAGACAGGGCCUCCCCCCCAGUUGAAAUUCUAGCCCUUACCAAAGACUUGUUUUUUUGCUAGAAGGCUUUUUAACUAAAUUCUGAUGUUAUAGUUUCAGCUCAAUUUUAUUUUCACUCUACUGAGUCUGCAGUACACCGCUUAGAGGCGACUGUGAUUUAAAUGGCAUAUGAGCUGCUGAAGUAAACAUAUGAAAAUAAUUAUAACAGUAGCACAAUAUUUAAAAAAAUUAAAAAUAGUAAUAAAUAUUUUUAAAAAACAGAUUAAAGCAACAGCACAUGCACAAAAUCAAUUCAAACCGAAAGCAGGUGUCGACCGGGAUAGAGAUUUUAGAAGGCUUGUUGAAAGAAGAACUUUUUAAGUGCGUAUCAGAAAGGCAGUAGAGAAAGCACCUGUCUGAAAGCGCUGUGGGAGGGAGUUCCAAAUAAUAAUAAUAAUAAUAAUAAUAAUAAUAAUAAUAAUUUAUACCCCGCCCUCCCCAGCCAAGGCCGGGCUCAGGGCGGCUAACAAGCAAUAAUAAAAACAAGUUGAAUGAAUACAACUAAAAAACAAGAUUAAAAUACAACAUUAAAAUAUUGAAACAUUAAAAUAUUAAAAUGCAGCCUCAUCACAGGAGGAGAAAGGAAAAGGAAAAAGAAAGAGGGGGAGGGAAUCAAAUUGGCUCCAAGCCAAAGGCCAGGCGGAACAACUCUGUCUUACAGGCCCUGCGGAAAGAAAUCAGAUCCCGCAGGGCCCUGGUCUCAUGAGGCAGAGCGUUCCACCAGGCCGGAGCCAGUGUUGAGAAGGCCCUGGCUCUGGUUGAGGCUAAUCUAACUUCCUUAGGGCCUGGGACCACUAGGGUGUUGCUAUUUAUGGACCUUGAGGCUCUCUGUGGGGCAUACCGGGAGAGGCGGUCCCAUAGGUAUGAGGGUCCCAGGCCGUGAAGGGCUUUAAAGGUCAAAAGCAGCACCUUAAAUCUGACCCUGUACUCCACCGGGAGCCAGUGCAGCUGGAAAAGCACUGGGGGCUGCCAGGCUGAAGACAUAAAGUGUGAAGAUAAAUUGGGGAGACCCUCAGAUGCCACCUGGAGCUCCUUGGAGGAAAAGCAGGAUAGAAAUGUAAUAGUAAUAAAUAAGAAGGUGGCUGUCCUGGUAUUCAGUGGUAUACCGUCUCUGUACAUGGAAGCUUUGCAUUGGGGAUUCUGCCAGAGGAACAUUGCUUGCCCACACAUUCAGCAGACGAAAGGGGGAGGUUGGGCUAGUGGCAGGAUGUCUCUGUGUGGGUAGCAGCCUGAGCCAGGAUUAACUCGUGCGACUCUGACCAACAGCUUUAAAAAACAACAGCCAGGUGCCUAAAAGCAAAGGGAUGGAAAGAGUUGACUUCCUUACUUACUGUAUUUUUCGCUCUAUAGAACGCACUUUUUCCCCUCCAAAAAUUAAGGGGAAAUGUGUGUGCGUCCUAUGGAGCGAAUGCAGGCUCCUUGGCUUCAGCGAUAGCAACGCGAAGCCUCCGAAGCGCAGAGGGAGCACUCUCUCCGUGCUCCGGAGGCUACGCGUUGCUUUUGCUGAAGCCUGGAGAGCGAGAGGAGUCGGUGCGCACUGACCCCUCUUGCUCUCCAGGCUUCAGCGAUAGCCGCCUAAGCCUUUGGAGCGCAGCGGGACCUCACGCUGUUCUCCAAAGGCUUCGGGUUCCUUUUGCUGAAGCCGGGAGAGCAAGACUCUCCUGGCUUCAGCAGAGAGGGAGAGCUGCACAGCGCCCCUUCAGCGAAGCGGGAGGAGAAAUGGAAGGGGCUCCGUUUCUCCUGCCACUUCGCUGAAGGGGCGCUGAGCAGAGAGGGGGAGAAUUUUUUUUUCUUGUUCUCCCCCUCUAAAACAAGGUGCGUCUUAUAGAGCGAAAAAUACGGUAUUUACUUCCUGUAUUUAUGACCCACCUAUCCUUUGAAGAGCUCAAGGUGACACACAAGGUUCUCCCUCCUCAUUUUAUCCUCACAACAACCUUGCGAGGUAGGUCAGGCUGGGGGGCAGGGAGUCACCCAGGGUCACCCAGUGAGCUGAAAGCUGAGUGGGGAUUUGAACUGUGGCCUCCCAGGUCUUCGUCCAGCACUCUAACCACUACACUACACAUCCUGCACCCCCGGAGAAAGGAGCAAUCAUAUUGCAUGUUUGCAUCCUUCUCUGCCAUUUGCAGUGCUGCGAAGUGGCACUUCUUUUCAAAGCAAUUAGAUCUGUCAGCGUGUUUUCUCUCUGGGAGGUGGGGGGAGAGGACAACUGCUCUGAUUGCUCACUUCUGGGACUCUGCAACAUUCCCUUGAAAGCAACUGACUCUUCAGUACUUACCCGGGGCUGAGAUUUGGGACAGACGGUUCUCUCUGGGAGAAGUGUGAGCUCUGUGUGUAUGUGUGUGUGUGUAUCUGUUUUUCUCUUUAGAGGAAAAAAAAACCUUAUAAAGGCCAACCCACUGACUCCCUUGCCCAGCUCCUGGGCAUCUUAUGCCUCUCCGAAUGAGCAUCUUCUCUUCCUCUUGACUCCAGAUAGUAUGCAUGGAUUCUUCUGCCUGCCCACGCCUCCCUUUGCUUUUGAAAAAUAAGAUCUGGAGGGCAUUCUGGUUUACUGAGAGUCACAAUCAGUGGCUGCCCCUUGGGGCAGGGGAUGCCGAUUGGUGGGCGCUGGGCUUGACAAAUGGAUUUUGCUCCCUGCGCAUCAAGUGUGCCCUUGUACAUUAUUAGGGAGGCAUAGAAGCUGCUGUCACUCGAUACAAACGGCUGUCAUCAGAAGCUGCCACAGCUAGAGAGAAGAAUAUUGCCAGGAGAAAGAAAAGAGUGAUGUGUGCACUUCUCUCUCUCUCUCUCUCUCUCUCUCUCUCUCUCUCUCUCUCUCCACACACACACACGCACCAGCAUACAAUUGCAGAAAGCAAGAGUGAUCUGAGAGAAAACCCCACAAACCUGCAACACUGCACCCCAAUACCAUACACCUGUCAAUUCUAGUGCAGCAGUUUGGACCUGCUUGCAUGCAGAGGAACUAAUCUGUGAGCUGGGAAAUGCUUUGUGGUGUUGAAAGCCGAGUCGUCGGUAACAGCACUUCCCUGGACACCUCUGGGGAGUAGGAACCCUUUCCAGGGGCCUAGGCAAGAGAGGUCUACAAACAUUACUUGUAUUUCUCUUUGAGGCCACAAAUUACUGGACAAGACAGGCUAGGGAUGGCAGCAGACAUGGGUGUGCGUAUUCAUUUAUGUAUAGAUGUAUGCUGAUUGUAUGUCUGGUGUAAAUUAUGCAAAUUACACCACCUACUUUGCAUAACGACUUGCGCAUAGCUCUUUCAAGUGCUCACGGAGCUUCAGAUGCAUUCUUGAGAGGCAAUCCUUGCAGUUCCCUCGCUGCGAGAAGCCAAGUUACAGGAAACCAGCCAGAGGGCCUUCUCGGUAGUGGCACCCACCCUGUGGAACGCCCUCCCACCAGAUGUCAAAGAGAAAAAUAACUACCAAACUUUUAGAAGACAUCUGAAGGCAGCCCUGUUUAGGGAAGCUUUUAAUGUUUAAUAGGUUAUUGUAUUUUAGUGUUUUAUUGGAAGCCACCCAGAGUGGCUGGGGAAACCCAGCCAGAUGGGCGGGGUAUAAAUAAUAAAUUAUUAUUAUUAUUAUUAUUAUUAUUAUUAUUAUUAUUAUAACAAGGGAACCUCCGACUCCAUCAGCUGUCAUCAUGGUGGUGAAAGUGGGAGUGCAGCAGUGUCCAGAGGGGUCCAGGUUGAGGAAAGCUAGCAUACAUGGUUUCUUACCCACCCACCCCACAUUAUCCUCCAAAGAACCCUGUGAGGUAGGCUAGUUUGAGAUGCAGUGACCAGGCUGAGGUCACCCUGUGAGCUUCAUGGCUGAGUGGGGAUUUGAAACUGGGUCUCCCUGGUACUAACCCAACACUCAUAACACGGGGGCUAGGCUCUCCAGAUACUGUUGGGACUACAGUUCCCAUCAUCCCUGACUAUUGGCCAUGCUAGCUGGGACAGAUAGGAGCUUAUUAUUUAUUUCAUAAAAUGUAUAUAAUGGUUUGCUAAAAGAAUAAACCAGUGAAAUAAUCAGUUAAAAACGGCUGUUUAAAACAACACUUUUGCUUCCCUCUCUCUCUUGUAGGCAUGGGACCUGGGCAAAGGAUUCAAAAUACCCCAGGUCUACCAAUCCGGAGUCCUCGUCCUUAUCCUGACAGUAUUGUCCUCCAUUGGGAUUGCAGCAAUGUGAAGCUGGGCGGAGCAGUCCUUCUCUCGUCCGCUUACCACUCCUGAAAUCCUGUUCUCUUCCAUCUCUUGAACGGUUUAGUUCGUCAAAAUAUCCGGAGCAGUAGAAGUUGAGGGGCAGCUUUUUGGCUAGGGAAACAGUCUGGGGUGGGGGCAAAUGGUUCACAAAUCAGCACAUAGUUUAAUAGUAAAUGGUAAUGAGACGAUUCUUUCCUCCCUUCUCAGAUCCUCCCAGAUUAUUGUAGAACCACUCUUUUUCUGUUUUUAUUUUAAUGUGCCACAUGAUCACCAGCUGGAGUUCAAGAAAUCCCCUGUCCCGCUGUCCCCGAGGUAAAGCCUAGGGCUGGAUGCGCAAGACUCCAAAGAUGGCCAACAGCAGCCGAGUCCUGAUUGGCUAAGAAGCUAGCAUACCCACAAUGCACUGCUUGAGCCAUUGCUUUCCUCAGCUGCAUGCUUCUUUUCGUUUCUCUCUUCCCCACCCCCAGUCUUCCCCCCAAAAAGGCUUGAGACAAUACCAGCCUUGUCCCCCGCCUAGGGGCUGAGGGAGCUCCAUUAGCACACUGUGUGAGCGAGUGUGUGGGUAUAUUUUUCACAAGGACAAGGGUGCCCAUUGAUAAGCGAGGCUCGCAGGCAAGAGCAGCACAUUCAGCCGAAGCCACCUCCAGCGGCUGUCCUGCGCCUCACCCCUUUAUCCCCAGAAUGAUGGCAGCGGCCGUGAGGCUUCGGGCCUGCGGCCUGUGGCUGCCUCUGCUGAGGUUGCUAUGGCAACAUGCUGAAAUGCUGCAUUGCUCUCUCUGUAGGUGUGGGCCGCCAACAUGGGCCGGGGAAAAGAAAACAAUGUCAUCUUGGGCAAGGCCUGGUCUCAUUGCUGCAGGUGUGAGGGGAGCCUUUGGCCCUCCGGCCAGACUCUGCCAAACUGCAGUUCCCAUCAGCCCCAACAAGCAUGGCCGGUGGCCAAGGAUGAUGGGAGUUGUAGUUUGGCAACGCCCGGAGGGAAAAAGCUUCCCCACACUGGCUCUGCUUCGUUGGAAGAACUUGGGUGGUGUAAUUUCAGACCACUUUAUCCAGCUCGCCAUCUUUGCAGAUGGAUCCGUCCUGAUAAUGGGGAAGCUGCAGCCUUCCAGAUGAUGUGGGACUACAACUCCCAUCGCCCAUCACCGUUUGCCAUGCUCACUGGGAACGAUGGGCAUUGGAGGCCUCACAUCUGCAAAGGCCACAUGUUUCUCCAACCCUGUCGCAGACGAAUUAUCUUCUCGGACUCCGUAAAUACAAGCCCAUACUGUACCACCUCCUUCUGAAAUGUUAAAGCCAGACAGCUUUCCCUCCCCAUGAAUGAAGCUGGGUUUCCUCUCUCCACCCUCUGUUCUCCACAAAUGAAGCAACUUACUUCUCUGCGAUCAGAACCAUUGUUUGGCUUUUGCAAAGUUUCCACCUGUUUCUACUACUAAUAAAUUGUCCUCAGCCUUUCGUGGGGAACGUGAAGUUACUGGUGCUAUUUAUUCGACAUGUUUCUGAAUAAUCAGGGUAUAUCACAGUGGGUCUCGUCUCACUCAGCUGUUGUAUGUCUUGGGUGGAGAACCUGGCCUGGUUUAAAAAUACAUGGGCAGUUCCAAGGUCCCCUACUGCCCAAGUUUUCAGGAAGAGAUUGGUAGCUUCCAACCCUUCUUCCUCAGGUGGAAUCUGCAAACCCAGAUCUUCUGUAUGCAAGAAAUGUUCUCUGUUGCUGAGCAGAACUGGUGUGGUGUGGUUCAGCUGUUGCACUAGGACCUGGGAGACCAGGGUUCAAAUUCUUACUUUGCCAUGAAGCUCACUGCGUAACCUUGGGCUAGUCACUGUUUCUCAGCCUAACCUACCUCACAGGCUUGUUGUGAGGACAAAAUGGAGCAGAGAAUCAUGUACAUCACCUUGAGCUCCUGGAAGGAAAGCUAGGGUUUAAAAGGUAAUAUUAAUAAAUUGUAAGGGUGUGCAGCCCACCUGCCCUGGGUUCUUUGAAUUCAACCCUUCCAUGACCAUCUGUCAUAAAGGUAAAGGGACCCCUGACCACUAGGUCCAGUCGUGGCCGACUCUGGGGUUGCGGCGCUCAUCUCGCUUUAUUGGCCGAGGGAGCCGGUGUACAGCUUCUGGGUCAUGUGGCCAGCAUGACUAAGCCACUUCUGGAGAACCAGAGCAGUGCACGGAAACGCCGCUUACCUUCCCGCCGGAGUGGUACCUAUUUAUCUACUUGCACUUUGACAUGCUUUCGAACUGCUAGGUGGGCAGGAGCAGGGACCGAGCAACGGGAGCUCACCGUGUCGUGGGGAUUCGAACCGUCGACCUUCUGAUCAGCAAGUCCUAGGCUCUGUGGUUUAAUCCACAGUGCCACCUGUGUCCCUUACCAUCUAUCAUAGGUGUGUGGAAUUUUUGGCCCUCUGGAUGUGGCUGAACUACAAUUCCCAUCAUCCCUUGCUGCUAGCUAUGCUUGCUGGGGCUGAUGAGAGUUGUACUUCAAUAAGACUUGGCCAAAGAUUCCCCAGUCCUGAUCUCCCACAAUGAUAGGGAUUUUUGCCCAUAUCAGGUGAGGUUGGUUGAUCAGGCUGCAAAACCAGCUGGCAGCCUGCUCCAAAGCACAUCUGGACAUGUACCUGGUUAAAUUAAAACGGAACGAGUGGGUCCCAUAAAUGGCUUUCAACUAUGACCCAGCUCCCAAAAAGGGCUGGUGACAAUGAGGACCUGCAAAAAAAAAAAAAUGUUGAGAAGGUGUUCCAGCUGGCUGUGCCUUCUUCCAGGAUACAGUACUGUAUUCCAUUUUACCUCCACCCGGUUCCACAUGUUUCUCCCACACAAAGACACACACACUCCCUAUUUCACCAGGGUCUCCCCUCCCUUUUCUGCAUUUCAUGAUUGAACAAAAUGGGCCCACACUGAUCAUUUUGGGGGGUGUUCCUUCCCGCAAGCCUUAGAAGUUCUUUCCCAAGAUGGCUUUGCACUUCUGCAGACCUUGGGAUUCCUGCCCCCACAAGCCUGCUGUUAUCUCCCCCUUGCUGGGGACCACAUCAAUGCGGUUUAUGUCCAUCUUCCUCAGAUACACACAAUAUAUUCCCGAGCGUUCCCUGCAGCCUUGUAUCCUGCUACGCUUCAAAACUAAAUCUGCAGUAAAGCAUUAAUGCUGAGCAUAGAUGAAAAAAACCCCACCUGCUUGGCAGUGCCUGAAUUUCUGAUUCUAAAAAAACGGGUUGGUGGUGGGUGGUUGGAAAGAAGAUCUAACCUGUCUGUCUGUCUCUCUCUCUCCACACUUCACAGUCUAUUAAAAAGGGGAGACGAGUCCC